GCGGCUCAUCUCCUCCGUGGCAUCCCUGCUCCUGUCAGCCCCACAAAUGAACGACCACCGCCGGUGACAGAGGAUGCCGAGGCCUGGUUCAUCUUAACGGGACAUGAAAACUCGGGGAUAACGAGAUUAAAAAAAGAAAGGAACAUCACCUGUUUAAAGUUAGUGUCGGCUUGGCCCGGUUAAGUGAUAUAAAAUGGAGUGAUGAUGUUUGCUGUUGACUGAAGUCCCCUUUCCAAAAAAGAAAAAGAAAAUGAAGAGGAGGCUGCUUCGUGGUUUCCUGUCGGAGGUUUCCGUCAGGAUGGCUCUGCUGGUUGUGUUCCUUGUGACAGAGCAGCUUACUCCUUUCUUCCGUGAGAUCCAGCCUGAGGAGAUGUGGUUGUAUAAAUUCCAUCGUGUGGAGCGAGACCACGUCCCAACCUCUCUCAUGUUUAGUGUGGCGGUUUUCACCCCACUGAUUGUAGUCCUGGUGUUCACCUUCAUGAAGAAGACGGAGAGAGGAGAUCUGAAGGAGGCUUCGCUAGCUGUGACUCUGACUCUGGUGCUGAACGGAGUUUUUACAAAUGUCAUCAAACUUGUUGUUGGCAGGCCACGGCCGGACUUCUUUUAUCGCUGUUUCCCAGACGGUCAGAUGAACCUGGAGUUACGGUGCAGUGGUGACCCAGAUGUGGUCAUAGAGGGAAGAAAGAGCUUUCCGAGUGGACACUCUUCCUUUGCCUUUGCAGGUUUAGGCUUCACAGCGCUGUACAUCGCAGGAAAGCUGCGCUGCUUCAAUGCAGUAGGCCAAGGCAGAGCGUGGCGGCUGUGUGCCUUCCUCACCCCUUUACUUAUUGCAACGGUGAUCGCCCUCUCCAGAACCUGCGACUAUAAACACCACUGGCAAGAUGUGUUGGUGGGUUCUCUGCUGGGCCUGGCCUUCGCCUGGCUGUGUUACAGACAGCACUACCCUCCUCUUCAGGACCCAGACUGCCACAGGCCUCUGCGUCACAGAGACACUGUUCCCGCCGCACAGGAGCGCAAGCUGGCCAACUCCAACUACAUCCUGCCCCUGUAGAACACCUGUAACUGGAUUAUACUCUUUACUGGUGUUGUUAAUACUGGGUUACAUGGUAAUCCUUCUUAUUGGAGUUUGUAAGUCUUUAGGGCUGAACAGUUCGUCAAUAUUCAUUGUUUUAUUUUCAAUCAUUCUAAAGGUAUUGUUGGAUAUUCUUUUAUUUGGUGAUAAGGGACACAUGGUUUGAUUUUGUUACUUAAAGGACACUUUAAUCCUCUGAAUGGUUUCUGAAACACUUGACUGUAGCUGUUUAUAACGACUCCAGUUUAACAAUCCAAAGAGGUUGAACAACAGCUACAUUAACAACCUGAGGUGUGGGAUUUUCAACCUAAACUUAUAUAAAUACUCACAGAAUUGAUCAAUACCGGAGGGUUGGUAAUUAUCAGGACAUUUACUUUUUACCUGUAUGGCCCUGUCUGCACAGCCUGUGUACUGUGCCUGUUGAUCACUUUAAAUACUAACAUCAGAUAAGUAGGUUAGCUCUUUGCACUGAAAGUCUACUGCCCAUCACCGUCUGGCUCAGCUGCUGUAAAACUAUUUCCAUGUAGGCAUCACUGUUUUCUGAUUGGUUCUGUUAAAGUAAAAGAAAAAAAAAGAAGAGGAGUUCAUACUUGAGGAUAAACAUACAGACCUGGAUGUUUGUUCCUUCCUGACCCUGAAUUGGUGUCCAAACACUUGUGUGACUAAUCAGUAGGCUAUAAAGGGAUCAACAACACAAUGAAGAUUGUUUUUUUGUAUGUAACAUCUGACGGUUGGAGCUUCUCAAAUAUUUUAAAUAAGUUGAUUUUGGUCUGUCAGUAGGUAAAAAGGCAGUUUGAACAGAGGAAAAAAAGGUAAUGUUAUUUUCUCCCGUUUCUCAAACAUACUUAUUAAUGAAUCAGUUCACGUAGAAGGAAAUGAUGACAUAAGAUUAUAAUCAUUAGUUUCAGCCUGGAUGUAAAGGGUCCACUUUUUAAUGAUUGAUUCUGUUUGAGCUGCAAAAGUGUUCUUCAGAGAGUGAAGCUGGUUCAGGUGUGAUCACAUGACCCACAACUAGAGACUGAUUGAUCACUGUUUCACUGAACCAUUCAAGUCUACAGUUGUAAAUAAGAACAAGGGAGGCAUCUCUCUCCUAUGAAUGUUUUCAUGUUUAUGACUGCAUGAUGCCACUCAAUGAAGAAGACUGAGAGACGGUUCAAAGCUUCAAAUAUUUAGCACAUGGACCUUGAAGCUGAGUCUAGCAGAAUCAUUAAGAGUUUUUUUGUGACAGAGUCAUACCUUAUUCCAUAAAAAGCCAAGACCAACAAUGUCUUCAGUUAUACAGGGGUUUUCUCCACUUCUCCAGCUCGUCUGUGACACUUUUCUUUUUAAUCCACUUUAAAUUGUACUCUAAAAGAAACUUUUCUAUGUCUUCACCUGAAAGUAGAUGGAAUAUGUCAAAAUGUUUUCUUUCAUUACAUGAAGAGCUGCAAAUAAGUGGACGAAACUUUUAGAUGCAUGUCAGCGUAGACGAAAGGCAAAGUCCAAUACUGUACAUAUGAAGUAGGAGGAGUUCAUUGUUGGUUUUGGUCUUUUCAUGGAAUUAUUGACAACAAUGAGAAAACAAUAAACAUCAUUAGAUUGAUCUUCUUAGGGGAUAACGGUCCCAGGAUUUUACUUGAGCUCUGUCAUAAACGUUUAUGUAUUCUCAUUGUGCAUAUUAACAUGUUAAUGAAAUCACUCGUUAAGCAUCAACGAGCUGCUCUUUGCAGCUUCGCUCACUACUUAAAGUCUUUCUGUCUCUGAUGGAAGUAUUUUCAUUCACAGAUUGAUUUCUAUUUUGAAACGGUUCAUAUCGUGUGCCCAGUCCUCAGUGUAAAUGCCGUAAUGUAGCAGAUUCAAGAUUCAAGAUUUUUAUUUGUCACAUGCUCAUACAGAUGUGCAGUGAAAUGUAAGCUUGUCCUCAAAAAAGAUCAUCACAACGAAGCAGUGAGUGGUCAGCACACAGCUGAUCACAAGUUAACAUGACUGUACAGAACUAUCAGAUACAUGUUUCAGUGGUCUCAGGCUUAUUAUAGGUCUGGUUUGAAUUGCUGUUCAGAGGCCAGGCUUUAUGUUAACCUCUCCAGGUGAUGGUGCUAGCCUCCCAGUGUUCAUGCUGGUUAGGUUUUCUAUCCUGCUAAUUCUCUCGCUCUGUUUUUCUUUUUGGUUUAUUUCAUUUAAGGCGAUAGACACUUCUGUAAGUUAUUUAAUUAUUAUGUUAUGUUUGUGGACUUUUUCUUUUUUUCAGUUUUGUCUAUCAUUCAUGCUUUUUCAUUGGAGAAAAAUAAGAUCAGUUUUACCCAGAUGUGACUGUUUUUUCAGGUUGGAAAGAGAGGAAACAGAUGACCACUUACGUUUCAGUUUUAGUGUGAAACCAGCCAAAGUUUUGCAGGGUCAAAAGAAGCACUUUUUGCUCAUUGAGCUUAAAAUAACUGGGUCACAGCGCUUUCAGACCAAACUUGGCAGAAGAAAAAAAAGAAGAAUUUGUGCCUUUGUUUACUACAUUAUGUUAUUGCUGUUAGAUAAUGAAUGAAGUAUAUACUGCACGUUACAGUAUAUGUUCACUGUCAUGUUGUGGAAACAAAUUUUGUUUUCAUUCUUUGCAAUCCUUGUUGUUUACUCUUUGUCAGAUACUUUGUGAUGUGAAACAUUUGGCAUGCAGCCUCUCUUAACCUCUGAAAACAUCUUUAAGUUCUCUUCAUACUCUAUUGGUUGGUGGACUAAAAUGUGAAGUUUUUAAGGUGGAAUCAUGUUUAACUCGCCUGUCAAUCUUAACCAGGUUGUUGUGAUGGUGUACAGUUCUAAGUGUAUUUAUGAUUUGGGGGCUCGUAGGAGUUUACUUGACUUUUAACUUAUUUCUUUACCUUAAAUGUAAUUAUUUUAUGUCCUGAAAGUAGUUCACAUUUUUUAGGGCGCACAGGUUUUAGCAAAACAACAAAGGAAAUCCUCAUCAGAGUUUGCUUCAUUUUUUUAAAGAAAAUCCUGCAUGUUUCACACAUACAGUGCACAUUAUUUCCUUCAAUACUUCACACAAAUCCCCUACACAUAAAUGAUGUACAUGUUACUGCAUCAGAUCUUCAGAUAUACUGUCAUGAUAAGGGAUUAUACACAAACUUGCCUGUCUGCUUUAUUGAUGUCAUCAUGAUUUGCCUUGGCUUGCAGGAGCACAUAGCAGCAGUUCAUGCGAAUACAGUUUCCUGAUUGUACAUGUUGUGAUGCUUUUAAUGACUUUUGUGACACUUAAUGAUGUUUCUACAUAAUAUUACAAUAUAUGCUGUCCUUUGCUUA